GAUUAGAGAGAGCAAAGAUGAGGAUGGGGACAUUCAUUCAUUCGAUUCGAUUCAAAGCUCGCCCAGCACAGCUGCGCGAUGGAAACAAGCAUCCGUUGGGUCCUUAGGUGCGUGCCGUUGUAUGUCAACCAACAGCUCGUCGUCGUCGUCGUCUCGAAAUCCCCUCUGCUUCGAACGUCGUCGAAAGCCUCAAUACAAUACCCUCACAACAAAUACCACACAAGCCAAAAUGACCAGGAGACGCUAUUUUCCAUUGCUUUUGAUCAAUGCUUUGUCAUUGUUGAUCCCGCCGUCAGGGGCAAUCCACGAAACCAGGAUCAUGUUGGAUGACAUUUCGCAGUAUUUUGAAGGCAAGAACUAUCCAUCGCAACGCUGGGAUCGACUCUUGCAGUGCUUUCACAAGUGGAAUGAUACUGACCUCAUUUUGGCUCAAGAUGCCUCCUUUGCGGCCUUUUACAAUGCCUGGCUCGUUGGGGGUGCGGGCAUCGAUGAUCCUUGGGGUGGGGGUGGUAGGUACCACGAAAGCGUACAGAACAAGACGGCCAUUAUGGGCUCUGGAUUUCGAACUUAUCAGAUACAAGAGAAGUGCAACUAUGCUUCCAACGUGGCGUACUACAGCUCUGCCAUUCGGAUAUGUGAUUAUGAGCAUUGGUUCAUAUCGGAGGCAGAACAGGCAGCUCUCAUGAAGUCCAUGGUGGCAAUCACGUCGGCGUCUUCGUGGUUUCAUGGUACCCAGACAACAGCGGGAGGUGAAUAUGAUGACAUUACAGUCGACAUGCUUUGCAGCAAUUUGUACCAAAUCGCCAUCAAGGGCAUAGAAACGUCCUCUUCUGUGUUCCUCGCUGCCAGUGACAUUCCUUAUUCCCCGUCCAACAUUGUUGAAAUUGUUGAUGACAUGGCAUACAUGCCUUUGAGACGACAACCUUCACAAUGGCUGGAUUACUUGGAGGAACAGUUUCAUACACGAGUCCCCCCACGGUUUUUAGACACCACGCUGGCAUUCUUUGCCUUUGCUUGUUCCGUAAGUAUAUCGAUGGAGAUUUGUGAGUGCCUCAUCGUUGACAUUGCCGCCCCUCUGGUUGUUGACGAAGACGGAGUUGAGUUCUUCCGAGAGAGGUACUUUCCCGAACUGAAAAUCAUUGCUGCACAAGAGAACUUACCGCUGUCGCCAUGGAGGGGACUACCGCUCUUCUUCAAAACUUUUGGAGCAGCCCUUGCAUUUAUCUGGUCUGUUCUUUUUGUGGAAACGGGUUUUGCGUGUGAUCAGCUCUACGGAGACACUCUGAAUUUGACUCUACUAGGACAGUUCUCCAGCCCGAUUGUGGACUACAUUAUCUCGGAGCUGACCAAAGCCCCUGAAACGGAUAGACUAAAGGAGCUCUACCCAGGAGCCAGCUUUUGCCGGAGGGACAGCCCCCAUGCGCUGUGGCACGAACUUUCUGGCGAAGCCCUCUUUGAGGCGUACGUCGUGGCAGACGAGAUUCACCGGAUUUUGACGAAACGGAAGGAACGAAAGGAGCUGGGGUUCAGCGAAACACUUGCAGCUACAUUCAACAGCAUUCGCGGGGCUGGAAGAUAGCUGCGUAGUAUCCCCAAAUGCAUAUACAUCUGUAAAACGCAUCAAAUGAUAAACAUCUCGUUCCUUUAGCAUCAA